AUGACGUUAACUGUUUGGGGGCGUGGCUACAUGACGUCUCCCUCACCUCAGCGGAACCGGAUCCGGUGUGAGACGCCGUAUCCCUGGACAGUUGAACACAGACCGGUCUCUAUCUACACCUGCUGUUCUCCUGGGGACUUCCACCACCCACUGACCGACAUGUAGCUCCGAGAAACACCGAGUACAGCAGCUGUUACCGGGGAGAAGACUCCGUGUACUCGAAAGCGAAAGGCAUGUUCAGACCGUAAGGCUGCCCAUCAUGAAGAAGCGUGGUAAAAAGGUGCUGGAGGAGGAGGAGACGCUGUGCUGCUGCGAGUAUGUGAACAGACUGGGGGAGCGCAGCCACGUGGCGGCCUGCUGCUGCGACUGUGAGGACCUGGACGACGCCUGUGACAGGUUUCUUAAGAGGGAGUCUCAGAAACCCGAGUCCCUGUCUCAUGUGACUGCAGUUUUCACAGACCGGAUCCGAGUGCCUUGGCUUUGGGGCGGAGCAAGAAAAGUGGAGCUGUCCGUCAUCCCUCCUCUCGUUCUCCUCCCGGUGCUUCUUCACAUCGCUGCUCUCCACUUCCUGCUGGGCGUGGUGACUCUGACCGCUCUGCCCGGCCUGGUGCUGUGGUACUACUACUUCACACACCGCAAGAAAGGCCGGACGCUCUUCUUCCUCAGCCUUGCCCUCUUCUCCCUCGGGUACAUGUACUACUUGUUCCUCACCGAGGUGCUUCCCCGCGGUGAUCUUGGUGUCAUGCAGCCGGCUGUUGUAACUACAGGGGUCAUUCUCACCCUGGCGGCACUUUUCCACACCAAGAGAGACCCUGGCAUCGUGCGGCCGAACCUGGAGGACGUCCACAGCACGGUGACCUAUCACAGCCCUCUGGCAGAGAUAGACUCCGCCGUGAACGGGGGGAAACACGACGUGACGAUGACUGCAGCCAACAGGACGGAAACCACGAAGCACGGGGAGGCAGAUCUGAAGGAAAGCAGCCGCAGGAACUGGUGUCCGGCGUGCAGGGUGGUGCGGCCCCCGAGGGCGGGACACUGUCGCAUCUGUGGCGUCUGCGUCCGGCGUCUCGACCACCACUGCGUCUGGAUAAACAGCUGUGUCGGGCUGGCCAAUCACCGCAGCUUCCUGGUUACGCUCGUCCUUUUCCUGUCGACGUCUGUGUACGGGAUCAGCCUGGUGCUGCGGAGCGUGUGUCCGGAUCAGCUACUCCUCACCGCCCUGCUGUACUGCCCCGGGGUCUACGACCAGUACAGUGCUGCGCUGUGCUUCACCUGCGCGUGGUACAGCAGCUUGGUGACCUGCGGGCUGCUCCACCUGCUGCUCGUGCAGGUCAUCAACGUCAGCUACAACGUGACGGAGCGAGAGGCCCGCCUGGCGCUGCGAGAGAAAACCGCUCGCAGCUCAUACUGGGGGCUCGUUGUUGACACGGGGGUUUACUCUCGAGGUUUCCGAGGCAACUGGGAAGAGUUCAUGAGCAUGGGAGAAAAACUGAAUCCACCAACCCCCCUCCCAACAGACCUGGUUGUCACUCUCAGCUGGUAUCUCCUCCAUGCAGCUGAAUGACCUUUACACCUGUCACCCGUCCCUCUGACAAAUGAGAAAAAAGCAUUCCUGCACAGCGACUGUCAUCCCAAUACUUCAAUAUCGUCUCUGUGUGUCCUCUACAUUCUAGUGCCGUGCUGGGAGACGGAGGAACACAAGACUGAGUAAUGUGUCCGGCUCCUCGUGGGGACGUUCUCUCGGCAGCAGCACAAAGACCACAAGUCUCGCACAAAAAACAUUCGUCUGCCUCUGUCGGACUUGUGAAUUGGAUAUUUUUCAGGGAUUCAUUAAACAUCUCAGGCUGAUUAAAGUUUUACAGCUUGCAUUAAUCACAAUGAACGAUUGGUUCGUUAAUAUAUGAGCAGCUACUUUUAUCAACCUGCUUUAAACUAUGGAACAGCUGGAAUAUGAAAAAUGCACAUUAAUGUCACCUUGAGAAGUUUACACUAUUGCUGCUUUUAUUAGAGCAAUAUCCUCAAAGAGUUACGUCCUGAAGUUGUAUUUGUGUAAAGUUUUAUUUGUAUUAAAUGAAAGUGAGAACA